UGGCGGCAGCCGGGGCGGCGGCCGGGGCGGAGCGGGGCUGAGGGCGGUGGGAGCGGCUGCCGCGGUCCCGGCUCCCUCGGCAGUUGUGGCGGUGCAGCAGCCGGGAGGUGGGCGCCUUCUCCUGCCAGGCACCGCGCUCCCCGCGCCGCUGAGCCGGCCCGCCGUCAGAGGGGGUGCGUGGGGAGAGGGCGCCUGGGGAAAUCCCCCAUGAAUGCGGGAAAUACCCUAAAGCCUCUUGUUUUGUUUGCCAGCGUGAGGGGGCAAAUCAAAGCAGCGGACCGUAGCGCCCUUAGCCCGAAAGAUGUGGUGGCUUCUCUGGGGGAAAGGCUGCAGGAGUACCUCAGGUCAGCCCUGCCGCAUUUAAUGGCAGCGCGGGUGGAAAGCUGACUCGUAUUUUAAGUGUUGAAAUAAAAUCAGCCUUAGAUAUGAGCCGUGGAGCAAGCCGGGGGGGGGGGGCGGCAGCGCCUGGGCUCUGCGGUGCCGGGGGCUGAGGGAGGCGUGAUGGAGGGAGACACUCACUUGUGUUGCUGUGUGGGAUUAAGAGGGGUGGAGCACAUCCCGUCUCCAACAGCUUUAACCACACAUUCGACUUGUUGUGUCGAUUAUUAUUUUUAUUUUUUGACAGGGGGGUCGAGGGGAAGGCUAGGUUUACGGUGCCUUUUUGAGGCCCGGGGGUCCCGCUGCGGUACCCGCCAGCCAUCGCCAGGGACGCCGCAGCGCCCGCCGCCCCCAGCCCGGCAGCGCCGGCAUCCCCGGGGCCCGCCCGGGCGGGUGGAUGGAACGUAGAAUAAAAACGGAGAGAAAACCAGCAGCGCGGGGCCGCAGCGUGGCCGCGGGUGCCGAGCGGGAGCGGGGCUCUCCCCGCAGCCCCGGAACCGAGCUGAGGCGAGCCCGGCCUGGCCGGGGCUCCGGCCGCAGGCGCCGCUCCCCCGCCGCCGGUAGGCGAUUUUAGACUGGUUUGGCUGGACGCUGGAGCUGAUGGCUACAGGCCACCUCUGUGUAGGGGUGUGUAAAGUUGAAGAACUCGGGCUUUUUCAGUUAAAAUCUUCACUCGUAUCGCAGCGCAGCAAACAUGCCUGAACAAAGCAAUGAUUACAGGGUGGUUGUGUUUGGAGCAGCGGGGGUUGGCAAAAGCUCCUUGGUCCUUCGUUUUGUAAGGGGAACUUUCAGGGAAACCUAUAUCCCCACAAUCGAAGAUACGUACCGGCAGGUAAUCAGCUGUGACAAGAGCAUCUGCACCCUUCAGAUUACAGACACCACGGGAAGCCAUCAGUUCCCUGCUAUGCAGCGGCUGUCUAUAUCCAAAGGGCAUGCUUUCAUCUUGGUGUACUCCGUCACCAGCAGGCAGUCCAUGGAAGAUCUUCAGCCCAUCUUUGAACAGAUUUGUCACAUUAAAGGGGACAUCCAAAAAAUCCCCAUAAUGUUGGUGGGUAACAAAAGUGAUGAGACCCAGAGGGAGCUGGAUGCUAGCGAGGGGCAAGCGUUAGCCAGCAAGUGGAAGUGCUCCUUCAUGGAGACGUCAGCCAAAAUGAACUACAACGUGCAGGAGCUCUUCCAGGAGCUCUUGAAUCUGGAGAAGAGGAGAACUGUCAGUCUCCAGGUGGACGGAAAGAAGUCCAAGCAGCAGAAAAAGAAAGAUAAACUGCAAGGCAAGUGCUCUGUUAUGUGAUUGACUUUGACUGGACUUGCACCACUGCAUGGUGUAAUCGGAGCAUGGACUCCCCCAGAAAAUAGUUUCUGAUGGAGUUUUCAGACAAAUCCAUGCCUUAUAGAGCUAUUGCUUUUUGCUAACAUCUCAGCUGGAUUAUUUUAUGGGUUGGUUUUAAAGAGGAUGGCUUUCUGCAUGUUUGUUUUUUAAAAACAAUAAAUGUUCAGUGUUAGUUAUGA